UUGCUAUCGUCAUCGCCGGUUCACCGCGCUUUUCUAGGCUAUGUUCAAUGGCUGCAUAGCGCCAAGUCUUUGAAUGCUCAGCACAUCCUCAUAAUAAGGCUUUCAAUUCGUGAGGUCGGCACAGAAAUACGCGGCGUGAGGCCGCCGGCAGCUGGUAAACCCCCGUUUCUCCCUCAGAGACGGCCAAUAUAUAAAAACCUGCGAGCGCACCCCCUGUCGACAUAUUUCAAGCUCGUUCACCUUCACUGCAAGAAUGGGAAUCGUUCUUUCUGGCUUCGCUCAAAGCUUUCCGUCCGCGGCCAAAUUCUCCGUGAACCAGAUUCCUGAUCUCUCAGGGCAGGUCAUCAUUGUCACUGGUGCCAAUGCAGGAGUUGGCAAAGAGACGGCCAAAGCUCUGCUGAAUCACGGCGCAAAAGUGUACAUGGCGGCGCGCAGCGAGGACAAGGCCAAGGCUGCCAUCGAAGAGCUCAAGGCCUCGACGGGGAAGGCGGCCAUCUUCUUGCAGCUUGAUCUUUCUGACUUGCCCUCAAUCAAACGUGCGGCCGAGGAGUUCCUUUCUGAGGAGACACAGCUUCAUGUUCUGUUCAACAACGCGGGUGUCAUGGUAAGAAGAAGCUCAGAUUGGGCCUCGGCAUAAAAUGAACGUUGUCACCAGAAUCCACCGUACGAAAUGCUCACAGCUCAAGGAUACGAUCUCCAAGUGGGCACGAACGUUCUCGGUCACUUCUACUUCACGAAACUACUCCUUCCUAUUCUGGUCUCUACAGCCUCUGAGACCGGCAAGGCUGCGCGAGUUGUCAACACAGCCUCUCUGGCCGCAGAGCUGUCAGGCGGGAAGCUGGAGUUCCAGUCAUUCAGAGACGGUCCGGUCAGGAAACGUCUGGGCCCGCAGGGAAUGUACUCCCAGAGCAAGCUGGGAAACGUCGUGUUCAGCAACGAGCUGGCCCGACUUUACGGUGACAAGGGCAUCGUCUCUACGUCUAUGAACCCAGGCAAUCUCCGAACUGAGCUUCUGCGUCACACUCCGAGCAUCCAGGCCAAGAUCCUCGACUUGAUGCUUUAUCCUGCAUCCUAUGGUGCGCUGACCCAGCUUUGGGCCGGCACGUCGAAGGAAGGCGCAACUAUGAAUGGAAAGUAUCUCGUUCCUUGGGCAAAAUACGGGAAAAUGCCCAAGGGUGGCAAUGAUCUUACUGCGCAGAAAGCGCUGUGGGAAUGGGCUGAGCAACAAGUCGCCGGAAUAUAAAGCAUCCUAAGAUGUAACUCGUUCAAACUUACACCGUUCCUUACAUAAUUUACCCGAGUGCGAACCAAUCUCUUGCGACCAGCGACAUGUUCCUGUUACUUUUUUUUAGUACUUCACUCCAGGAUCACCGACUCUUGGCGCUCUUUCGCGUCGGAAGCAAAAGACCUUGCAGGGUCAACUGUUUGAUCGCCAUCAAUUGACGGCCGGGUCGAGUACGUCACUCGGCACAAGCACUGUUGGAAAGACGGCUCUGGACCAAGGGCUCGCAAGGUUGGACUGAAAUCGGCUCUCAUCCUAUGUGCCGCAACGAGUCGUUCUCUCAUGUCAAAUUCGAUUCGGAACCUCGGCAAGGGUAGACGCGUAAUGCUGCGCGUAGCUACGUAACCACCUCAAAAGCCGAGCAUGCAGUCCUUCUCCAAGCUCACACGCCGCCAUCGAACCCCUCACACUCUCCUCUGAAUCCCACCCUCCGUCUACUCUGAUCAUGGGCAUCGUCGCGUCCACCCUCACGCAAAUGUACCCCCCGAAACCCAAGUUUUCCGUGGACCAGAUCCCCGACCUAACUGGCCAGGUCCUGAUCGUCACUGGUGCCAAUGCAGGGAUCGGCAAGGAAACGACGAAAGCGCUCCUGAGCCAUAACGCCAAGGUGUACAUGGCCGCGCGCAGCGAGGAGAAGGUCAGAGCCGCGAUCGAGGAGCUCAAGACUGCCACCGGCAAGGAGGCGGUCUUUCUGCAGCUCGACCUGUCAGACCUGCAUUCGAUCAAGCGGGCGGUGGAGGAGUUCACAUCGAAGGAGACGCAAUUGCACGUACUGUUCAACAACGCCGGUGUCAUGGUACGGAUAGAUCGGAUCUGCAUAAUGAUUAACGCGCCCUACGAGUUGCUUACAGCACAGGGAUACGAUCUACAAGUUGGCACCAAUGUUCUCGGCCACUUUUACUUGACGAAACUGCUUCUCCCCACGCUGAUAUCCACGGCCGCUGAGACCGGCCAGCCGGUGCGGGUCGUUAACACUUCGUCCAGCGCAUCAGAGUUGGCCGGUGGCAAGCUGCGAUACGAAGCAUUUACAGAAGGACCCGCUAGGAAGCGCGUGGCCAUGUCCAGCAUGUAUGCUCAGAGCAAGUUUGGCAACGUGCUAUUUAGCAACGAGCUGGCCCGGCUCUACGGUGACAAGGGCAUUGUCUCUACCUCCCUCAACCCAGGCAAUCUCCGGACGGAACUUCUGCGCCACACUCCGAGCGUUCAAGCGAGGAUCAUCGACUUCCUGUUUCUGUAUCCUGCUCCGUAUGGGGCUCUGACGCAGCUCUGGGCUGGGACGUCCGAGCAGGGCGCGUCCAUGAACGGAAAGGCACGCAGUCCAUGCUGUUACCUGAUCCCAUGGGCAAGAAUCGGGAACACACCCAAAGGAGGGAACGACCUCGGGGCCCAAAAGGCGCUGUGGGAAUGGGCCGAGAAGCAAAUUUCUGCCAUACAAUAGAUAUCGUCUACUUGUUUCGUUUAUACCGGACCGAUAAAC